AUGAAAUAUCAACACACAUCCAACGAGCACGAGUUGGGGAAAGGCAAAACCAAAAGGGGAAGUGCACCCGAGAAGAGGAAAAAAGGAAAUGACAAACAAGGAAAACAGCUUCCCCCACCUCACAUGAUAAUAGAGAAAAAAAAAAGAAAAAAGGAAACUAGUCUGAAGAUAAGCAACAUUGCUGGUGUAUUACCUCUACAAGACGAAAAAAAUCGGCCAUCGAGAAGCAACAGCGUAGGUUCAAAGGAAAACGAGAAUGGCGUCGUCCAGGGGAAGAUAGGACAACCCGGUGGAGGUGACAAAGCGAACAAAAAGGAAAAGGAUGGCCGAGAGGACAAGCAAAGUACACAAGUCACACGUGACACACAGGACGCAAAUGCCAAAGCACGCUCAAAGAACAAGGGUAGAAAGAACAAAAAGAGCCUUGACGGGACGGGCGCCUUCAAAAGCGCGAAGAGGGAUUUGAACACUCCCCCAGUGAAACGCGCUAAGGGAAAAAUUGGACAAAGGAAAAAUCCAAAGGGAAGGAAGGGCCAAACGAAGCAACAUAAAGGAGGAGAUGACCAAAUGAAGCAACCAAGCAUUAAAAGAGAACACUCAUCCAAACGAAUAAGCUCCUCAAAGGGCAAAGGGGGAGGAGAAUAUCCACCAAAUGAAAAAAGCCUGAUGGCCAUUCAACCCAGGCAUCCAAGCUUGGCUUCUUCAAAAAGGGGAGAAGUAGGAGAGGAGAGAAAUAACAGCACCAUCAUAGAGGUCACUCCGUCAGGUAGCAUCGACCAAAGUUGCAUAGAAAUAAAUGGUAUACGCCUCGGGAGCGCUUCGAGCUCCAUUUUCCACCUGAGCCAAAGUGCAAAAUGGGGGGACGAGCGGGAGUCUCAGGCCCUCAGCGUCAGUUACAGCGUCAGUCACAGUGUCAGUCAUAGCACCAGUCACGCUAGCAGUCGAGAUGGUAGUCCCUUUUUCAGCCGCGAAGUUAGUGGGGAUGAUAGUCCACAUGUCAAUCGUGCUGUCCGUUCUCAGGUUAUUUUGCCUGUUAGUCGAGGCGCCAGUUCGCAAGUUGGUUACUUGGCAAGUCACUCGGUAAGCCACACAAGUGGAGAAGAACGGGGCCACUCAAUUGGGCACUCUGUUUCCCACUCAAUUGGACACUCUGCUACCCAUUCGAUUGGACACUCUGCUACCCAUUCGAUUGUGCUGCCGGCCACCCACUCAAUUGGACAUUCUGCUAGACACUCGAUUGGACACGUUGUUAACCCCUUAAUUGUCCACUCAGCUAGCCACACAAAUGAUCACAGACGUAGACAUGAAAGCGGCCACUCGGUCAGCUACUCAGUUAGUCAUUCCAGCAGCCCCUCAGUUAGUCGCCCAAGUGGCCACUCAAUAAGUCACGCGCUUGGCCACCCAGUGAGCCACCUGAAUGACCUCCCAAUUGGACACCUCAUCAGCCGUGUCAGGGAUGGACCCCCUCCAUCACCAAAUCUCUACAGCAAUGGCGGUAUCAACGGUGACACUAAUGCCCAGGGGGAGAACCAACCCCGGGACACCUACGGAAAGAGUCUAUUCUGUGAACUCACGGAGGCCCUGCGAAACGAUACUACGCAAACAAAUGAAAAGAGCAACAUAAGCAUUCAACUCAAGGCCGAGGAAAAGGAACUUCAAAUAAGUAUGAACGAAACGACUGCACGUAAGUUGGGUACUCGAAAGAACAGCUCGAAGAGGUCUAUCGAUUUGAUUAAUUUGGCGAAGGAAUUAAGGGGUAAAUCCAAGGGGAGUGUCGAAAUGGGCACGAAGACAAUGACCACUUUGAGGAGCUCCAGGAAGGGGAAGCACCAGCAGAAACAGCAGCAGCAGCAGAAACAGCAGCAGCAACAGCAACAACAGCAGCAGGGGGCUAAUCUUCGCGUCAAAGCGAAGGGGAAAAAAGUGGCCACCCGUAGGGGAAGCGACCUCGGAAGAGGUAGCGGUAGUGGUAGUGCUCAUGGCAAGCGAAGUGCUGACUCCAACAUUGUGAAGGCGAAGACGAAGGUGAAAAAGAAGGACGCAGAUAGUCGUGGAAGGACAAAAUUAAUUGCCCCCCCAGAGGUGAAGAGAUCAAGCAGGAGGGGCAAAACAGGCAAGGCGGGGGGGAGGAAGGGCGUAGCGAAGAUGGACCAGAAAGAGGUAAAAAAGGAGGCCACAAAGGAGGAUGGACAAAAAACAGAUAAGACGACCAAGGAGAAAAGAAAGAACAUAGAGGAGUCAAACAAACUGAGCAAAGAGGCAUCGAGCAGAAUGAGCAGAGAGGCAUCCAACAGAAUGAGCAGAGAGGUAGUGAGCAGAAUGAGCAGAGAUGUAACGAACAGAAUGAGCAGAGAUGUAACGAACAGAAUGAGUAAAGAUGUAGCAAACAGAAUGAGCAGAGAUGUAACGAACAGAAUGAGCCCAGAGGAGGUGACCAAAAUGAAAGUACAGGAGGUGAUCGUCGUGAAGGAAAACGAAGAAAAGGAAGAGGAGAAGACGAAUGCAGAGCAGACAGACGCGGGAGAAAAGUCAGACCGUGUGGAGGUAAGCCAGGUGGAAGAGGUACAAAAGGAGGAAAAGGCAACAGAAAAGGGGACAGAAAAGAGGACAGAACAAACCUUAGAGACAACAACGGAAGACCCAGGAGAAGAGAGAACCCCAGAGGAAGAGACCCAAAAGGAAGAAGCAAAUGAACUACAAGUAGCGUCUCCGAAGGAAGACGGACGUGCAAAUGUAGCAGAUAUGAACGAUUGGCAGAACAAAAGGGAGGGAACAAAAACGGUGGAAGAAAUUUGCCCAGAGAGGGAAGUUGUGGUGAGCAAAUCAGACGAUAAGGAGAAGGUAACGUCGAAGAGGAAAAUAAAAGCCAGGACAGGUAUGAAGGUACGGCAGAAGGAAAAGGAGGUUCGAGGCCAUGCUGGGGAGGAGCAUGCGUCAGCUACUGAUGUAGGAGAAAGGAAGAGAGAAGCUGCUAAACGGUGUGUCUACCCAAGGGAAGAGAAAUCACCAAUCCAGUUGUCCCUGGAGAAGCGAACCAUGAAAGGUAAACACAGCAAGGUGGAUAGCAUCCUGCAGAAGUAUAUGCACUUGCAGGAGGAAGAAGUCGCCGCGAAGAGACAAGCAACACGGGAUGAUGUUCCAGAUGACUUGCUAAAUGUAGAGGGAAGGAGGUUCAAAAUUGACGUCAUAAAUUUUGUAGGGAAUAUAACAACAGGGGAAGACUCCAUUCAUGAGGACAUUCUGUUUUUCUUCGAUUCGUAUGAAAAUAAAUUAAAAAAAAAAAAAAAAAAAAAAAAAAAACGUCCUAUCAGGCUAUUCAAAUGUGAGCACUUUGAAUUGGACGGGAUCAGAUUAGUCCUACAGGUCCUUGACAAAAUUGCAGCUAAACUGAUGAAGGAAAUAAAGUUGGAGAAGAUAGUGAGAUGCUUCUCUCAGGUGACCCAGUCAACAAAGGAUGGGCAUGCAGGUGGGAAGGGAACAUUAACUAAACAGAAGAAGAACAACAAAGAUGCAGGUGGUACCUAUUCAGCAGGGAACAUGAAUGGAUUCGCACCAGAUGAGAAGUACCUUAACAUGUGCAGAAAUAAAUUGUAUGGUAUUAUUUUCAGUCCGAGGAGAGCACAAGGGUUUAAUCCUUCCACCCUCUACUUCAUUCAACGGUGGAACGACAAUGCUCUGUUGAUCAUGCUGAGGGAAAAGUUGGAAGAAAUUCAACGGAGGAAGAUGUUGCCACUGAGGGGUGCCAUCCCUUUGUCCUGCUUUAAUUUGUUAAAGCGUAAAGUUAUGUGUAACAUUGCUGGUGCCUGUUGCAUAACUAGCCGUGAAAUGGUUGGUGGGGAGUUUUCCGUGCCCCUUCCGCCCCUCCCCCCGAGGCUAGCGGUGCACAGUGAGGGGGGAGACUGCUUCGUGAAAGUCGGUGGGGCGGUUCGCGUGCUGGCGUCCAAGUAG